UAAAAAAAGAACAAUGCGCUUGGUUUUCUGGAAUUCCCUUGCAACAGAGUCGGUCAGGUGUAAUGAAAAGCGCAGAGAGUUAAGAUCUAGCAAAAAUCAAACUGACGAAGCCCUAAGCAGAAUAUUUUUUCACUUUUAGUAUAAGGUACGGAGUCAAAAUCCGAAAGGAGGUUGCGCGAGUCGCAAGAAAGAAAAAGGAAUCCCAGUUUUCGAUCACAUAUAUUGUAUCCAAUUUUUGAACAUAACUACCUUACAAAACUCACUUAAAGAAAACGGGAAUACUUUAAACAGUAUGUACCGAUACAAAGCCAUCGUCCUUUGCACACAUUAAGUCGCACGUAUCCUGCAGCAUGGAUGCAAACUUAGUAGCUGACUAAUAGUGAACAGUUUGAUUUGGUACUUUAAAUACCAGCAGUAAAAACUGCUAAAAUACAUACUGCAUUUUUGCUGUUAUUAAUUUUUAACCAUGCUAACACCUACUUUAUGAUAUUUUCUUUUCAAAUACCGUCAAAGAAAAAAAUCAAGGUUGGAAAACAAAAUGUUAAGUCAGACGCGCGGCUGGGUAACCUGUGCAGGGCGGUCAAGAGAACCUCUGACCCAGAUGCCUUCUCACACAUCUAGUCAGCGGUUUUUAAAAACAAAACAAUCCAAAAUACAUUAAUUAACGAUGUGGCUAAGAUUCUUGAGAAAAAAACGCAAUUAUCAGAUCUUUUUUCUGAAUUUGUCAUUUUGCUGAAAUUGGGUUUCCUGUGAUGAAAGUUGAAAAUCUUUAUUGCCAAUUUUUUUCAUGUUUCACCGAUCAGAUUUUGGCGGAUUUUUAGCAUUUUGUUAAGUACCCUUCCAACAAUUAAAGGGCGUUGAAAAAAAUUAUGUUGCAAUUACUUUGAUGUUAAACCACAAUUUGACUGGACUAUCAGCAAGGAACCAGAUAAAGAAAUACACACCGUGCCUUCAGUAGACCCAUCUGUUUACAUAGUAUUGCCCAUUAAAGAUCAGCGUUCAGCUGAUCGCGCACGCAAACAUAUCUAUUCUCUGGGAGCCAAGAUCGAUGUUAACGUAAAAUCCGUUUUUACAAGCAGAAAACUGUCACAAACCCUGAGUGUCAAGGAAAACAAGCCCCCGAUCGUCAACACUCAAUGCGUUGUAUACUUAUUUCAAUGUGAUUUGUGCGAUGCAAAUUAUGUCGGGUACACUGCUUGA